AUGCGCCUUUUGCCCAUCCUCCGUCUGCGUGUGGCCAGAGGAAGCCAAAAUGGACCCUUCAUUGCCGCGGCGCCUGCACCGCCCAUAUCCGGCGCGAAAACAUCCCCUCAUAUUGGCCAGCUCUUCAACAUCCCUGAAUUUCCUGGCUAUUCUUGGGGCCCCUUGUCAUUUCUUUUAACAGAGUCCUCCCCGCACGCGGUAUUCUCAGGAAGAUGCGAAUUUCUUCGCUACUCAAUCACUGUGCCAGCUGGUCCGAUGGCCCUCUAUAAUCUCCUCCUCGGGCUCUCCGCCUUGAUCUCCAUCGCCAGGGCCGCAGAAACGUGCUACUGGCCAAAUGGCAAUGCGACCCCGUCCAACUGGGUGCCAUGUCCGAAUAGUAAAGUCUGUUGCGCAGUCGGGGAAGCCUGCCUAUCGAACAACCUCUGCUAUGGUUCCAAGCUGAACAUUGCGUACCGCGGCGCAUGUACCGACCUUUCCUGGCCGAUUGCAGAUUGUCCGCGCAUUUGCUACGAGGAAGUCGACUAUCAAUGGGCAAACCUGUACGCGUGUCCGAAUAACACCAACCAAGUCUUCACCUGCGGCACAAGCGGCUGGGCCUCGUCCGUCUGCGAUGCAAAGCUGGGUUUGUACACCUGGGUCGACGGGAAUGUGUCUCUCGCGCAGAAUGGCAUCUCGACCUCGUCCUCGUCCUCGUCCUCUGCUGUGGCGACAUUGUCGUCCCCCUCCCAGUCGACGACGACAACUACGACUCCUUUCUCCUCGACCGAUUCCGCAACAAGUGCCACCGCGACUGGAAAUUCGCAGCAGGAUAAGAAUGUUUUAACUCUAGGACUCGCAUUAGGGAUUGCUCUUGGGGUUCCGUUGUUAGCGAUCUCGGCGGCAUUUCUGUGGUUGUGGUUUCGCACACGGCGACAGUCAGUUAAUGGUCGGAUUCAACAGCCCGUCGGGCAAUACCCAGCAGGAGCUCCCAGUAUGGCUCGUGCUUAUCGUUCGAAUGGUGCGAUGGGGGAGUUGGAAGUCCCCAAGAACAAUACUUACAGACCGGAAUUAGAAUGA